AAACUAGUCGAAGGAAAAUAUUGUGUAUAGUUUAUUUAUUAUCAUGGGAAACACAGAUACAAAACUAAACUUUAGGAAAGCAGUGAUUCAACUUACUACAAAGACACAGCCCAUUGAAGCAAAUGAUGAGGCAUUUUGGGAACAGUUUUGGUCAGAAAGUGUGACGUGUGUCCAGGAUGUAUUUACACUGAUCCCUGCUGCAGAAAUAAGGGCAUUAAGGGAAGAAUCUCCGUCUAAUCUAGCCACACUAUGUUACAAAGCUGUUGAGAAAUUAGUAGCAGCUGCAGAGAGUGGGUGUCCUUCUCAGAGAGAGCAACAAACAGUUUUAAAUUGUGUGAGACUUCUGACUCGCAUAUUACCAUACAUAUUUGAGGACCCUGACUGGAGGGGAUUUUUCUGGUCUACACUACCAAACCAGUCUGAGGAAUCUAAAACUAUUAAGAUUAACAUUAUUGAAAGCUCACCACUAGCACAAUCCUUACUAAAUGCAUUAUGUGAUCUCCUGUUUUGUCCAGACUUCACAGUUCAAUCUAACAGAAAGUCAGGACCAGACAAUCCUGAGGACAUGGGCUCUAUAGACAGUUGUGAAUACAUCUGGGAGGCAGGGGUGGGGUUUGCCCACUCCCCUCCCCACAACCUUCACCAUGAUCAGCACAGAACAGAGAUCAUCAAACUGUUUCUUACCUGCUUCUCUGAAACAAUGUAUUUACCACCAAUAGCUGAUGCCCACACAGUUCCAAAUCAGUGGAUUCAGUAUUUCACAUCAACAGACAACAGACAUGCUCUGCCAUUGUUCACAUCCCUCCUCAAUAUUGUCUGUGCCUAUGAUCCUGUGGGUUAUGGUGUACCAUACAAUCAUCUCAUGUUCACUGACUCCCGAGAACAAAUGGUAGAGGGCGCCCUUCAAGUGUUGUGUGUUACCAUGGAGAAUGAAUCAUCCAAUCAUAAUGUGUCUGUGGAUGGGACAUCUGGAGGCACUGCUAUGGAUGCUCAGAGUGAUACUGGAGGUCCAGAUAAUUUAUUUGUGAACUAUCUAUCCAGAAUCCACAGAGAAGAGGAUUUUGCCUUCAUACUAAGGGGAAUAACUCGUCUUCUAAAUAAUCCACUCACUCAGACCUAUUUACCAGGCUCCUGCAAAAAAAUUCAGUUUCAUCAAGAGUUACUUGUCUUGUUCUGGAAAAUGUGUGAUAUUAAUAAGAAAUUCAUGUUUUACGUGCUGAAGAGCAGUGAUGUGUUAGAUGUGCUGGUCCCAAUUCUGUACUUCCUUAAUGAUGCCAGGGCAGACCAGUCUCGAGUUGGUCUGAUGCACAUUGGGGUAUUUAUUCUACUCUUACUCAGUGGUGAGCGCAAUUUUGGAGUCCGGUUAAACAAACCUUACUCAGUACGAGUUCCCAUGGAUAUACCAGUGUUCACAGGGACACAUGCUGAUUUCCUCAUCAUUGUUUUCCACAAGAUCAUUACCACAGGACAUCAGAGACUACAGCCACUGUUUGAUUGUCUUCUGACCAUUAUUGUCAAUGUUUCCCCAUAUCUGAAAACUCUGUCAAUGGUAGCCAGCACCAAACUACUGCACCUGUUGGAGGCUUUCAGCACCCCCUGGUUCCUCUACGCCAGUCCAACAAACCACCACCUGGUGUUCUUCCUUUUGGAAGUUUUCAACAACAUUAUACAGUACCAGUUUGAUGGCAACUGCAAUCUUGUAUACACAAUCAUUAGAAAAAGAAAUGUAUUCCAUCAGCUGGCAAACUUGCCUACAGAACAUGCCACCAUAGCAAAGGCUCUCAGCAAGAGGGGGAAGAAGUUUGUUCAGCUGACCCCCGAGAGUGGGAAGGAUCUCCCCACAAUGGAGGGGGCGAUACCGGCCAUGGAGGCAGAGCCAGGAACCCUCAAAACAACAUUAGCUGCCACACCCAUUAAACUUACACCAGAGCUAAAAAGGCUGGAUAAGAUGACAGAAAAAGCAGCCCCAGACGAGGGUCACUCAGAGCUGACCCUGAAGGAGCUAGCUACCUCCACCGGCAACAUCAAUAUCCAGCCUCCCUCAGAAAUCCAGGACCCCGACUCCCCUGAACACAAAAAUCCCAAGACAAAGUCAUCCAGAUCUGUUCCUAAUUCCCCACCAGCCAGUCCCACUGGGUCAGAGACAGCAGCCCGGCCCCCACUUGCCAGAACAUCCUCCACAUCAAGUUCUGGGGGAUCCUGGGUGGCCACACCUGAAUGGGUCCAGUCUUGGAAACAGAAGCUGCCUCUCCAGACCAUUAUGAGAAUGCUGCAGGUGCUUGUACCACAAGUAGAGAAGAUCUGUAUUGACAAAGGAUUGACAGAUGAGAGUGAGAUACUGAAGUUUCUCCAGCAUGGAACAUUGGUGGGACUACUCCCAGUUCCCCACCCCAUCCUAAUAAGGAAGUACCAGGCAAACAGUGGCACCACCAUGUGGUUCCGUACCUACUUGUGGGGAGUCAUCUAUCUCAGAAAUGUUGAUCCACCAAUAUGGUAUGAUACAAAUGUAAAACUGUUUGAGAUCCAGAGAAUUUGAUAAAGGUUACAAAAAGGAAGAGAAAAAUCUGAUCAAAAAGGAAAGACUUUGCCAAAAGGAGUUGGUUUUAAAGGUCACAAAGUAAACUGACCAUUAAAGAUCUGUAUUAAAAAAUCAUGGCAUUAUUCUAAAUGUAGUGUGUAAUAAUAUUGUGACAUCCAGUAUCUACAUGCAUGCUUCUUUCUUAUAUAGAAAAAAAUUUAAUCAGUUCUUUAUGAACAGAUAUUUCUAUGUCAAAACUCUCAUGAUAAUAUGGUAUUUUAAAUAUUCAUAUUUUAUUCUACUCAGUUAAGAAUGACAUGAAUUGAACUGAUGAAAUGGUGACAAUCUGUACAUGCAUUUGUUAAUUUAGUGAAGAAUGACAAAACUGUUUUCUGUGAUAUUUCCUAUGGCAUUCCAUGAAAUAACAGUGUGAUGGUUAUCUUAUCUUGGAACUGUAUGUAGAUCCCUUUCUAUAUUUAGCAACUUGUACUGCGGAUUAUUACAAAACAGUUAAGCUUUGCAAAUUUAAUUGUAUGAUUAAUGUAAUAGAGUAAACAUCUACAUUAUAUAUGUGUGUGUAUUGUUAAGUUAACAAGAUCUCUAUUUAUUACAAACACUGACCAAUAACUGCUAUUUAAAAGGUGUGUAUAGAAAUUUUCAGAUCAAAACCAAAUGUGUUUAGAAAUUAAUUUUUCCAAAUUGUGCUAAAUAUGAGCUUUUUACUGGUAAAUUAAAUAAUACGUUGACCAAUUUGGUUAAAUUGUUAAAUAAAAUUACUAGCACACAUAUUUUAUUAUCAGAAAUUCUUGGAGAAUUUUGUUGGAGUUGAUGUUCUUUAAUCUAAUAGCUUAUAGAAAUUUAAGUUAAACCAAUAAGAGUAUUCUUUAAAUUUAUAUUUGGCAUGUAUAAAGCAGAGCGUAAUUGGUGAAAGAAUUUUUGUAGAAUUCAACUCAUACUAUUUUUCUAUUGAUGUAAGGUUUAUGGGUUGAAGAGUAAAGAUCUUGAGUCAAGCCGUGAGGGUACACUCUACAUAUACAUGUAUAGUGAAACUUGUUUGAAGAGACAUGCAUGAGGACUUAGGAGACAAUGUUUUUGUUAGAUUGUAAAGUGCAAAGAACAUGGAAAAUAGUAAAAUUAAAAUGUGAAGAGAAAUAGAUAUCGGAAUUUACAGUGAAAUGUAUUGUACAAGUGCUAGAUUAGACAGUUUUCACUGUACAAGAAAAUUAAAGUUGAGUCACAAGUCU